ACUAACACGACGACCUGUGAAACGACUCACCAAAGUAGACUGAAGAGGGUUUUGCUACCACCCAACUUGAAUCUCUCUUGUGGUCAGACUCACAGACGCACACCGAGAAGAAGGGUUGCGAUGGCGAAGUCGACGAGCAAGGACGCUCAAGCUCUUAUCCAAUCUCUCCGCUCUGCCUAUGCAGCCACUCCCACCAAUCUCAAAAUCAUCGAUCUCUAUGUGGUUUUUGCUAUCUUCACUGCUUUGAUCCAGGUAGUUUACAUGGCUAUUGUUGGAUCGUUCCCAUUCAACGCGUUUCUCUCUGGUGUACUUUCUUGCACUGGGACGGCAGUCCUUGCUGUUUGUCUUCGCAUCCAAGUGAACAAAGAAAACAAGGAAUUCAAGGAUUUGCCGCCAGAGCGUGCUUUUGCAGAUUUUGUUCUCUGCAAUUUGGUGCUCCAUUUGGUUAUUAUGAAUUUCCUAGGAUAAAUUACCAUCCUCGAGUGUUCUAUAAUGUUGUUUCCUUGGACUUUUACAACUAGAAUCGGCCAUAAAACAGUUAUUUGCCAUUGAUGCAGCAAUUUUUCUUAGUUUGUAACUCAUGGAGCUUACUAUUUAUGAAAAAUGGAUUCAACAUCAGAAAUUUUGCAGUUUCA